CUCACUGGAGAAAGCAUCCGAGUGAACAAAACAGUUAUCUAUUUGAUGCUGUCUGGUCAGAAUAGAGUAUUACAUUGUUGCAAGCAUUUGGCCUCCCUUUAUUAAAUAAUAGCCAACCAGCGUUGAGCUAAAGUGUCAAAGGAAGCCAGUUUGGAUUUGGCUUCAGAGCAAUCACAUCAGAAACCAAACAUCAUGGAGAUAGGAAUUUUGACUUUUUUUAUGCGAUUCUGAUCCAACCAUACAUUCAUACAUUGUGCCCUGACCAUACACUGACCUGAGAGGAUGGAAGUUCAACAUGUAGCUAGAUGUAGUAUGCUAAUGUUUACUAGCUGGCCUGGCGCAUUGUUGCUCCUGAAGUUAAGUUAGGCUAGCGAGCAAGCAUUUUAGCCAGGUAGCCUAGGACAACAAAAACUAAAACUGUGUACUGUAUGAGAGAGUCAUAGACUGUUUAGGCAACAUGAAAGAAAAGGACGGCAUUGGCAUUUCUACAAGUAGGGUGUGGAUUGUGAAGAUGGAGGGAGAGCAUCCUCAUGAGGAGAAGCCGACUGAAACUGCUUGCUGUGCAUCCCAAUGUCCCAAAGAUGGAGAGGAAAGGCAGGGACAAGGGGCUAUGUUAUGGUCCAUCCAGGAGGCAGUGGAGAGGCAGACCAUGCAGAUAGGAGCGUCCGCCUGUGGGGCAACGGCCGUAGUGGACGUCCUACAGGCCCUCGGCAUCAUUGUGGCACCCGAGACGGCUGACCGGUGUGUGCGGACGUGCCUGAGGAGGAACGAGGCGCCGCUGCCCGAUUACCUGUUCUCCCGGAGCGAGGCUGGCGCCACACACGCACAGCUGAUAGCUGGGGCGGAGCAGGCCAGUGGUGGGCGCGUGCUGGGUCGCCACUUCCCCCUCCACCCUCGCCGGCGGGUGAGGCUGGUACCCUGGCUGGCACAGUGGAUCCAGAAAGGGGCAGUGCCCGUGGCCACCAUGAACAUGCAGCUGGCAGUGCCAGAGGGAGAGGAGGUUCCCGACGCAUGGCACCACCAACUCAUCUUUGGGGUCGGACCCGACACUGUCUAUAUGACCAACCCCCUGGAUGUGGUGAGUGAGCGGGAGGUGCAUCAGCGACUCUGCAGUGAAUCUGUGUUGCUGAUACGUCGAGAGGAUGUGCUGCUGAGAUUGACAGCUGACGCCCCUCUGUCUAGCCUAUCAGACGACCAGUCUGACCCACGCUGGAAAGCCCUGGAUGUGGAGGGUCAAUUGAGGCAGAUGAUUUGUGAGGAAGACCAUGAUGAUGAAGAUCAGUUUAGGAUGAGCCAUGUCGUGAUCCCCGCAGCGUACAGUUCAGGUGUGACAGUCUUCGCCCUCAGAGACUCAGACCAAGGACAGGAGCUUCUCCACACCCCUGAACUCCCUUUGCUUUGAUAUGGCUGGACAGUGGACACAUCAUUACCAAAAAUCUUGCUCUGAUUGGACAAUGCAUCUUUGACCUUCCCGCUAUUGUUACAUGUAUUCGGUGAGGGGAAAUGUUCAGAAACUGGUGAUAGAAAUGUCAUUAAUAGAGCUAACAUGGUUCCUUAUUCUACAGGUAAGAGAGGCUUGUCUGUUCUACAUAUUAUAUUUAUAUCUGAACAUCCAACAACAUUGCACCCUGCUGAAUGUGCCCCAGGCGUAUUCAGUGAGGUGAAGCACUCAAAAACUAUAGAAUUGAUAGAGCUGACUCAAUUUCCUAUUCAGACACAACUCAUAAUUCUGAUAUGUCUAUCUAUAAUAUUGGCCAGUCAUGUUGUACACAAUACAUUUUUUAUCUGAACGUUCAGUAACGUUACUCCGACCUGAACGAGGCCCUGCUGCUGUACAGUAGGAUAUCCGUCCCUGACAGUAAUACUUUGUUUGAACACUUUUCUGGGUCGUAUUCACUGACAUAAAGCAGAAGAAAAUGAACCGAAACAGGGAGUGACUCCCUGAACUUACCCAAUAACAAACAUUCAUUUUCCUAUUCCAUUGCAUAACAUUUUGCUACAGUAUGCACUAAUGAAUACGACCCUGAUCUUAUGUGUGUGAUGUUAAGAAUAGCCUACUUGAUGUAUGCCCCUGCACCAGUGGAGGCUGCUGAGUGGAGAACAGCUCGUAAUAAUGGCUAGAACUGCGCAAAUAGAAUGGCACCAAA